UGGCCUCCCGCUGUGAACUUGGCACACCCACUGUGAAAUCCAGUCUGAAGUGGCGCCCACUGGGAGAUCUGAAGCAACCUCGCAAGACCCGGGGUGUAAAGUUGGUCAGCAGCGGGAUGAGAGAGAUGAAGACAUGUGCCAUGUUUCUGGCAGCUCUGCUGCUCCCCAGCAUCCAAGCAGUGUGUCCGGAUAAGGAGUCAGGACUGCAGCCAUGGAUGCCGGGACACAGUGAAGAUCACCGUGUUACAAUCGGUUAUGGCAGGAAGGUCCUCCUCACAACUUCAGCUACGGUCCACUCCAUUGAGAUACUUAGUGGAGGAAAGCUGGUGAUUGCUGACACCAACCGGGCCAUACUGCUUAGAACAAAAAACAUUCUGAUUGGGGACAAGGGAGAACUGCACAUUGGAAGCCCAGCCUGUCCUUAUAAAGGCAACCUCACCAUCUCCCUUUAUGGAAGAUCGGAUGCCAUUGACAAUGAACACACUUACUUUGGGAUGAAGUACAUUGGUGUGGGGACAGGAGGGACACUGGAGAUCCACGGAGAAAAGAAGCUGUCAUGGACAUUCCUCAACAAGACCCUCCAUCCCGGAGAGAGCAACCAAAACAACUACCUGUUCCAGAGGAGCUGGGGGAGCAGAGGCAUCAUUAUCCACGUAAUCGACCCCAAGACCGGAGAGGUGCUGCACAAUGACAGGUUUGACACAUACCGGAGUAAGGAUGAGAGUCGUCGGCUUGCAAAGUAUGUGGAUGGUGUGAAGGCGGGGCUUAUACUGUCCAUGUUGGUCAACGACGAGGGCUCCAACAACUUGGAGGACUUGGCCAAGAAGAGCCUCUCCACGCUGGGCAGCCAGCACAUCAGUACUCUGGGAUUUCGGCAUCCCUGGACCUUUAUAGUAAUAAAAGGGCGUGCAUCUUCUGCAGUGGAGGGUCAUGCUGUCUAUCAAGGGAUCAAGUCCUCCUCAGAGGCCCGGAGCUCUUGUGUUUUUCCGUUGUCUUCUGUGGAACGUUUCACAAUUACCACAAGCAGUCAAUGGGUACAAGAGGCAGAAUGGACAGAAUGGUUUGACAGGGACGAUGAGAGGGGAUCUGGAGACUGGGAGAAAUUAUCCGACCUGCGCGAGGCUUACCCAGACAGACUGUGUAGCAGUCCACUCGACAUCCAGGCUGAAACCCAUGAUGGCAUACCAGCCAACCAGACUAAAGAUGUGAUCCACAAGAAUGACAAGGACUAUGGCUUCAUCUGCCUCAACGAGCAGCAGGCUCACGGACUCUGUCACAACUACAGGGUUCGCUUCCUCUGUGGAAAACUGGUUCGUCCGCAGGCCUCUCUUUCCAUCGAUAUGUCGUCCAACAGCAGCAUCCUGGAGCUGGCCGACCAACCAGUGAACUGGAGGUCCCGGGAUCGGAUAGUCGUGGCCAGUACCGACUACUCCAUGCACCAGGCUGAAGAGUUCGACCUAUUGCCCUGCCCUACCUGCACUUCCAACCAGGUCAAGAUCCAAGGUAAGGCCCAGUUCAUCCACAUGGGUGAGGAAGUGGACGGGGUGGACAUGAGGGCGGAGGUGGGCCUGCUGAGCCAUAACAUCCUGUUCCGUGGUGAGAUGGAGCCCGGCUGCUAUGGCAACGAGGCCUGCAAAUUCUUCAACUUUGACACUUUUGGCGGACAUUUAAAGGUGGAGCGUGGCUUCAAGGCAUUUCAUAUAUCUGGGGUGGAGCUGAAGCACAUGGGCCAGCAGACAAUGGGACACUACCCGAUCCAUUUCCAUAUGAACGGAGACGUGGACGAGAAGGGAGGUUACGACCCCCCGACUUCUGUCAGCGAUCUCUCCAUCCACCACUCCUUCUCCCGCUGCGUAACCAUCCACAGCUCCAAUGGACUGCUGGUGAAGAAUGUGGUUGGCUAUGACAUGCUAGGCCACUGUUUCUUUACGGAGGAUGGUCCAGAAGAGAGAAACACGUUUGACCACUGUUUGGGUCUGAUGGUGCGAGCCGGGACUCUGCUGCCUUCAGACAGAGAUGGCAAAAUGUGCAGUGACAUCAGUCAAGGAACCUACCCAGGAUAUGUGGCCAACCCACGGCAAGACUGCAGCGCCACUUCAACUUUCUGGAUCGCCAACCCUAAUAACAACCUCAUCAACUGUGCUGCUGCAGGCUCAGAGGAAACCGGUUUCUGGUUUAUCUCCCACCAUGUGCCCACCGGGGCCUCAGAGGGGCUGUACUCCCCCGGACACACUGAACAUGUACCUAUGGGCCAAUUCAUUAACAACAGAGCCCAUUCCAACUAUAGGGCUGGUAUGAUGCUUGAUCAAGGAGUAAAGACUACCCAGGCAAACAACAGGGACAAGAGACCCUUCCUGUCUAUGAUUGGAGCCAGUUAUGGCCCCCACCAGGAUGCUGAUCCCUUCAAACCCAGAGUCCCUGCUCUAAUCCACCAUUUUGUAGCCUAUAAGAACCAGGACCACGGAGCCUGGCUGAGAGGAGGGGAUGUCUGGCUGGAUGACUGUCAAUUUGCUGAUAACGGCAUUGGCCUCACUCUGGCAAGUGGAGGGACAUUUCCAGAUGAUGACGGCUCUCGACAGCAGGUGAAAAACUCGCUGUUUGUGGGUGAAAGUGACAAUCGUGGGAUGUCCCUCUUUGGCAACAACUUCUGGGGCCCUGGGGGUUCUGACCUCACCGGCAGAACCCUGGCUCGUGGCAAUGAUUAUCCUAUCCGAGGAAUGCAGAUCUACGAUGGGCCCAUCAACAUGCAGAAUUGUACAUUCCGGAAAUACAAAGCGCUGGAUGGACGACACACCAGUGCCUUUGGCUUCAGGCUCAACAACACGUGGCAGAGCUGCCCCAUGAAUAACAUCAGUAACAUCACCUUUGACCACGUACCUAUCACGUCUCGAGUGUUUUUUGGGGAGCCAGGUCCCUGGUUCAAUAAGAUGCAGAUGGACGGGGACAAGACAACCAUCUUCCACGAUAUUGAUGGCUCAGUCAGCCAGUAUCCCGGAGCCUUCGUGGUUAAAGAGGACAACUGGCUGCUCCGUCACCCCGACUGCAUUGACGUGCCCGACUGGAAGGCUGCUAUCUGCAGCGGCCACUAUGCACAGAUCUACGUUCAGACACGUAACCCUGCCAACCUGAACAUGCACAUUGUGAGAGAUGAGUAUCCUGACCGGCCCCUGACACUGGAGGGCGCACUGGGGAAGACUAACCACUAUCAGCAGUUCCAGCCAGUAAUCACACUGGCCAAAGGCUACACCAUCCACUGGGACCAGGCAGCGCCCAGCGAGGUCACCAUAUGGCUCAUCAACUUCAACAAAUAUGACUGGAUCAAUGUCGGCCUCUGCUACCCACAAGGAACCAACUUCACCGUCAUCUCCGAUAUCCACAACCGUCUCACCAAGCAGACACGCAAGACCGGCGUCUUCAUGAGGACAACACAGAGGGAGAAGGUCAACCACUCCCACCUGGCGAGAGGAUACUACUACUGGGAGGAAGACACUGGCCUGCUCUUCUUGAAGGUGAAAGCCCAUAACAACAAGGACCAGUUCGCCUUCUGCUCUCUCAAGGGUUGUGAGAGGGUGAAGAUCACAGUCGUUAUCCCUGAAGGCAGUCUACCCAGCAACUGCAUGGCCCGGGCCUACCCCAAACAUGCUGAGCUGCCCACUGUGGAUGUACCCAUGCCCAAAAAGAUACCUAAUAACAGGCUGGACUCCUCAGAACAUUUCUUGGAGGUCAAAGUGGAGUCCUACAACACUCGAUUUUUCCACAUUAAAGAGGACUUUGCCUUUACUGAGGUGAACGACAAGAAGUUGUACCAACCAGAAGACGGAGUGCAGCUGACAAUUAUUGAUGGACAUGAUGGGAAGGUGGUAGAGAAUAAAGGCUUCAGGAACUCCAUCUUACAGGGGAUCCCGGCACAGAUAGACAACUACGUCAGUGGACUGAGAGACGGUUCAAUCGUCCUCAUUACAUCGAAGGGUCGUCUGGUUACCAUAGGAAGCUGGACUAAAGUCUUGGAAAGACUUGGAGCUGACAAAAACAUACAAUUGAAAGAUAAACUGGCAUUUGUGGGCUUCAAGGGCUCUUUCCACCCUGACUGGAUCCAUAUGGAGGUAGAUGCCAACCGAGCCAAGAUCCAUCAGGUCCUGCCGGUCCCUGUGGUCCAAAAGAUGAAGCUAUGAAUUGCAGACAGAGCGGGGAGGACAGCAACAAGAGACUAUGAGACCCCCAGAAAGUGACAUGUUGCCAAUCCACCCAUCCCCCUAAAAAAUGCACAGACACGCACUUACACAUACACUGCAAGCACCGCAGUCAGUUGCUCCAAGACAGUCAAGAAUUGUACAUUUUUGGCAAUGAGAGAGUGAUGUUCAAAUGGGGAAAACCCUCUUCAGAGCCAGCACUGCCUCACCAUGAAUUGGAUCUGUGAACGCAAGCCCAUCAGUGGAGGGCUUUAAAAUGACAACACAGCCUCGGGGGGCCAUAUUUGAGGUCCUUAUCUCUCAAGCAACAGUGGCUCAGAGCCAAGGGUGUUUGCAGAAAUGGGUCUGUCUCCUCAUACAUCAAUAGACAUAAAUGAUAUUGGUUCCAUUUAUGACUGAAAACUAUCAUUGUUUAUGAUGUGUCACUAACAUGAUUCUUUACAUGACGUUAGCUUGUCAGCUUAAGUAACCAUUGGAUUCGGUUAGCUAACCAAACACGAACACAUCUGUUUUUAACUAGUUUUAUGUUAACAUUUACAUUGGUCUGUUGAUUAUUCGGUAGGGUUGUUAGUUCUCUGACCAUGGCCAAAAAAGUAACUCACUCCUCUCUUGAUUAAUUCUAGGACAUUGAAGACUUUUAACAUGUUGUACAUAUUCUGCCAUCUAACAUACUUCACUAUUGCACUCUGACACUACAGAACCAAUAUCUACACCCUUUAGCAGCACUGUUUGAUGAUACUGUUAGAAAGAGCUUUUGGGGGGAAGAGCAAUGCUUAAAAUUAACGAGCUCAUACAGUUGUUCAACAUGUCUGAAGGCAAAAUAAACGGUAAUAUAAGAAAGGAGAGUGAAGACCUUGCAAAUAUUGAGGGUGAGAUGUGAAUGUGCAAAUUAACUACAGCUAAAAGGAUCUGUGUGAAAAAUGAGAACAAUAGAAUCAUUUUCCAAUCACUGGUUGAUGUGGGCAUGAUUGGCAGUUUGGGAAAUUUACAAAGAUCAAAGAAGCACCGACUGUCAGAUGAUGCCAUCUGAACACAUCUAAAGGUAAAGUGUGUGUUGCUAUUCCAAAUGGCUUUACUUAAACAUGGCCCAAAAAGCCUUUUGUCAAGGAAAGCAUUAAAGUGCAAUAAUUGUUCAAAUGGGAAUAAUGGUGCACACUCUCUUCAAAGGGAUUCAUGGUGUGUUCACAAGAAAAAUAAGCGUGAUAAAGUAGUUUAAUGAAGAAAGGGGGCUUGAGUUCUCCUCGGUCAUGUUUUCCAUCCCACAUAUAGGAUCAAAUGCAAGUUGUUACUCAAUGGGAGAGUAAGCAAAGGAGCAAAGUAGGCCAGAGGUUCCUUCCUCAGCAAUCUCCUCCAGCUAUACAUGGUAACCCUGGAGCUUUCCCAGGCCAGAUGAGAUAAAGACCUAGCAUGUUCUGAAGGUUUCUUGGGGCCACUGUCUUGUUGGAAAUGCCAGAUCAGAUGCCUGAACCAGCGCAUCUAAUUAUGCCAAGAACUCUUAUGAACAGGUAGAGCCACUUCACUUUGAAUAGGGAAGACUGUAACCACUAUAGAGCAAUGUAAGUUUCUGAGUUCAGACACUGGGGCUUUCAAUCCCAAUGAUCUUGGGAAGGUUAUUCAAUCAAUAGCAAAGUCUGGUAACAAUCUACACAGAGCUGAAGUUAUACAUUUCUCUCUCCAAACACCUACUAAUGACAAUUGGGAGGAUUUUAGUCUUACAUUUAUCAUACAUGUAAUAGAAGAAAACAUGAUGCCACCCAGACAGUUAUUAUUAACAAAUCUGCUCAAUAUGUUGUGCCAGUGCUUCUACAGUUGAAUAGCUCUUCAUCAUUCAUCAUACAUGCUUAGCAAUUAGUAAUAUGUUCACAAAAGGGGAAGACUGGUCAUGGAUGGAUUACUGAGUGGACAUACCAGGCACAGGCCCAGGGUCCAAAGGGUUCAGCUGGUCUCAAAACAGCAAGAAAGACAUAAAUAACUGCUAAGAACAAUUGAUCUGAGACACAGUUGUGUCUCUGAUAGUUCUGGUUCGUCUGCAAAAUAGUAGUGAGACACAAUGAGAGUGUAAAGGAUGCAGUCAAUUGUCAUUUGUAGUUUGUAUCUAUUUCAGUCUGGGAGGGUUGGAAGACCUUUGACAUGUCUGUACACAGGGACCAAGGGGUCUCAUAAUCUGUCCAUGGUCAAACAUGUGUUUUUAAGCAUGAAAGUUCAAUCUUGGAGUUAAAAAGUUAUCUCAGUCCAAGCUGUUUCAGUCCCAUUUGGUCCAGACCAUCUGACAGCUUUCACAGCAGUCUAAACAAACUGAACCAAAAGGCAAAUGCAACAGUUUGGUUGAACUAUGAGCUCUCCUUCCCUGAAUUUUAUUUUUGUUGUUGCAUUGGAAUACAUACAGCAUGUUGGAAAGUAACGUAAAUGCUAAUACAAAGAGUUGUGUAUGAUUGUGGUUUGUAAGCGACUGGGUUUGCCAGUUUUCUUUCUUAUUAUGAAAAAGAAAAGUGUAUUUGAUGGAAUCCCCUUUUACGUUUAUCAUUUAACAACAAUCAUUUACAACAGUUUCUUUUUCCAGUCUGAUUUUUUAACAUUUAUAUAACAACUCUCUUAUUCUCCAAAAGACCAUCAGCUGUAACGUGAUUUAUGAUGCAAAGCCUGUAUGAGAACAAAGGGAGCAAAUACUGAAAAAGUGUGAGCUAGGGAAUCAAACGCAUGUUAAAUGUAUAUGCAUCACUGAGCAUCCGCAGGUCUCUGUGGUAUGUGACAGAUGUAGAAGUUGAGUGGUUUCUUUUCUUGGUUAUAUGCCUGCUUUAUUUGAGUAAACUGUUUGAAUAGAGAAGAAGAAACAAUCAAUGCAUCUAGAACAGUGGUUGUUAUCGACAAAUAUUGUGAUGUUUUCAUCCCAUGUUUUUUUUUGCUCAGUGUUUGUGAAUCAAUCAAUCUGUAUUUUUAGGGUGAACCAGCAGCCCAUGAUUAUAUACAAAAUUUAAUUGUCCGUUGAAUUUAGGGAAUCUUUAAAUGUGCAAUUUCCCCCAUUUCAAAAUAAAAUAGAAACCUCAAUCUGGCGAGAAAAACUAUUCUCCUCCCUUUGCCGAAAUAGCUGGUCUUUUUUCGGAAAUUGUAGCAGUAAUUUAGUGUUUUGUUUUUUAAUGUGUUUUAAAAAUCCACAGAUUGCUAAGAGAUAUAUUUUAUACUUAUUUAUUGUACAGACACAGUUGAUUAAAAUCUACAAGCACCAUCUUCUGAGUUGUAAUGUUAUUACUGUCCUGUAUGUACGUAUACUGUGUAAGAAACCAUUAUAGCUCCAUUUAAAAAGAUUUGUAUCCGACACUCAUACUGCAUAUAUGCAUAUGACUCUUAAUAAAUUGGCUUGUUUUAAGCUGUGUUGUAUAUGUGGAUUGGGCCUGUAAAGUAUUGAAGCUGUUUGACUUUAAAUUUCUUUGAAGACUUUUGUACAGAAAUAAAUGAUGACUAAUU